UUUAAUCAGAGACGGGUCAUCUCUACCAUUCUGAAAACACCGGGCCUCUUUUAGCAAAGAGAUCCUGCAAUACUCUGAAUAUUUAAAUGGAUCGUACAAUAGGAUAAAGUCUUUUAUAUACCUGACUGACCCAUUACACAGUGACACACUUGAGAAACUCAUUGACCUUUGACCUCAUGGCUGUCACCGAGCAUCCCGAUGUUUCUCCAUCCUCCACCACCGAGGGAACAUCACCACCGACAACUCUGGCCAGCACAGAUAUAGUGGUGCUUGUCAUCUACUUCCUCUUGGUCCUGGCUGUUGGCUUGUGGUCAAUGUGGAAGACGAAGAGGAGUACAGUGGAUGGAUAUUUCUUGGCAGGAAAAAACAUGACUUGGUGGCCGGUGGGCGCCUCUCUUUUUGCCAGUAACGUGGGCAGCGGUCACUUCAUUGGGCUCGCGGGCUCUGGGGCGGCAGCUGGUAUCGGUGCCACUGCUUAUGAGUGGAAUGGCAUGCUGAUGGUGCUGCUUUUGGGAUGGUUAUUUUUGCCCAUCUACAUUGCAUCAAGGGUCACAACAAUGCCAGAGUAUUUACAGAAAAGAUUUGGCGGCAAAAGAAUACAGUUAUUCCUUUGUGUUUUAUAUCUGUUUAUUUACAUCUUCACAAAAAUAUCAGUGGACAUGUAUGCAGGAGCUGUGUUCAUUCAGCAGGCGCUGCAGUGGAAUAUCUACAUCGCUGUGGUUUUGCUUCUGGGCAUCACUGCUGUGUACACUAUUGCAGGUGGUCUUGCAGCAGUGAUCUACACUGAUGCAGUUCAGACUGUCAUUAUGAUCAUAGGAGCUCUGAUCCUCAUGGGAUUUAGUUUUGCAGAGGUGGGAGGAUUUCAGGCUGUCCUGGACAAGUAUCCUCAUGCCAUUCCCUCCGUCCGCGUCCCCAACACCACAUGUGGAAUCCCUCGUGAUGAUGCCUUUCACAUAUUCCGUCACCCUGUGACCUCUGACCUGCCCUGGCCAGGAGUAAUCCUGGGCAUGUCCAUCCCUUCCAUGUGGUACUGGUGUUCUGACCAGGUUAUAGUGCAGCGUUCACUGGCGGCCAAGAACAUUCUUCAUGCUAAAGGAGGCUCUCUGCUCGCUGCUUACCUGAAAGUUCUGCCCUUCUUUAUGAUGGUGCUGCCAGGCAUGAUAAGCAGGAUACUUUACCCAGAUGAGGUGGGUUGUGGAGACCCUGAUGUGUGUCAGCAGGUGUGUGGGAAUCCAGUGGGCUGCUCGGACAUUGCUUAUGCCAAACUGGUCAUGGAACUCCUUCCCGCAGGUUUGAGGGGUUUGAUGAUGGCUGUGAUGCUGGCUGCUCUCAUGUCCUCCUUGACUUCCAUAUUCAACAGUUCCAGCACCAUUUUCACAAUGGAUCUCUGGAGGAACAUUCGACGCAGCGCCUCCGAAUGGGAGCUCAUGAUCGUGGGCAGAGUAUUUGUAUUGGUGUUAGUGGUGGUGUCAGUGUUGUGGAUUCCUCUGGUUCAGUCCAGUCAGGGUGGGCAGCUCUUCAUCUACAUCCAGUCCAUCAGUAUGUACCUGCAGCCCCCCAUAACGGUCAUCUUCCUCGCAGGCUGCUUCUGGAAACGGACCAAUGAGAAGGGUGCAUUCUGGGGUCUAAUACUCGGCAUGCUGGUGGGAUGUACACGGAUGAUUCUGGAUUUUGUUUACCCCACACCACUCUGCUAUGAGAACGACACCAGGCCUGAAAUCAUCAAAUAUGUUCAUUAUUUAUAUUUCUCCAUCAUCCUCUCUGUCAUCACUCUCAUCGUGGUGGUGUGUGUUAGUCUGGCAACAGAAAAGCCCACACCAGAGCAGAUCAGUCGUUUGACAUGGUACACACGUUUUGACCCUCUGGAAAAGACUGAAGAGGUUGUAAAUGCAGAUGUCUUCACAAUCGAGAGCGCCACACAGAACGCAAAAGAAACAGAAAGUGAUGCACAUCACAUGACAGAAGACUCCUGUAGUUCGGGGUCCAGCGAGAAGAGUUCAUCUAAACUGAAAUCGGCUCUGCUAUGGAUCUGUGGAAUGGAGAAGAAAACCACGGGACAGAAACCAACACCUCCCCCUCCAGAGGUCUCGGUGUGUUCCCUUCAGGAGAACCGCUGUAUGAGUCACCUUGUAAACGGCAACCUCAUCGUCUGUCUGUCAGUGGCUGUGUUUCUCAUUGCUUUCUGGGCAUAACUACUAUAAUGUGUUCCUUAUUUUGACUUGAAGCAUCUCUUCAAGGGGGAAUCGCAUGAAAACAUAUCCAGGUCACAUUUCACCACACUAUUAUUUAUAUAAUAAAUAAAAAGCAAAUUUUAGGUGAAAAUACAUGGUGGCAUUUUCAUGAAAACCAUCAUUCCUGUAAUGCAUCUGGAGGUUUUACUUUUUUAUUUCCCAUUAUUUUUUUAUUUUUGGUAAUUCUCAUUAAUCUCAAUGGCGAUACUUAUUAUUGUUAUACAAUGCAUUUUAUUUAAAUCAUACCAAUUUAUAUAAAAAUAAAUAUUUUCUUAAUAAAAUACACAUGUUUUUUAACAUAUAUGUUUUUCCACAUUAAGUUAAUGAGAAUGUGGAGUGCUAAUGUCCUGUAUUGUCAUUAUAAAUAAUAUAAAAAUGCAAAAAUAUUUAUUAAAUGGCCUUAAAAAUAAAUAUAUAAUUUUUAUUUUAUUUUAGGUAUGAAAUAUGAUCUGAUAUGUUCUCAACAAGCUUAGUGAGAUUCUCCUUCAUAGAGUUGAACUCUUUUACAGUAAGGUUGUAUUUGUUAACAUUAGUUAAUAAUAAACAAUACUUUUACAGCAUUUAUUAACCAUAGUUAUUGAUUUCAACACAUUUAAACCAAGAACACAUAUCAAAUGAAAAGUUGUGUUUGUUAACAUUAGUUAAUGCAUUAUGAACUAACAAUCAACAAUUGUAUUUUCAUGUUGACAUUAACCAAGAUUAAUAAAUGCUGUUAAAACUGGUUUAUUGUUAGUUCAUGAUGCCGAAUGCAUUUUCUCAUGUUAACAAAUGCAACCUUGUUGUAAGUGUCACCAUGACCUUUAAGCAAAAAGCUCUGCAUAUUUAUUUAUUAACAAUCAGUUUUCGCAGUAUGUAACGUGAUAUUUUAACAUGCAUGUAACCAAAACCGUGCAGACAGUUUCCUUGAUGUUUCUGUUUCAGAAUAGACUUUGCUUAAAAAAAAAAACUUCUGAAUUCCACUUUGUUUCUCGAAUUGUUUAUUGGGUAGAUAAUUAGUGGGGAAAGACAACAUGAAUUUGACAACACGUUUGUUCAUCUCGGACACCAGCAAUGUGAAGAACGAAUCUCAGUUGCAGGAUAUUUGUACAAUUAAGUACAAAAUGUGGAGACACAUAAUCAAUAUGUACAAUUAAGAAAGCCUUUUAAGAUCCAUAAUGACAACAUAUCCACAGAAAUAAAGAUACAUGCUCCAUCUGAAUGGGACGAAUGGCUUUCUAGCUGACUGCUUCCUGAGUUUAAACUGAUCCAUAAACACUUUUAUUCACAUUAAUGUUGUCAGUGCUGUUUUUGCAUAGCAUAAAGCAUAAAGCAUACCUCUAUAGACCUUUUAAAGAUUCUCAAUACUGUAGGAGUAUUAUCUUUGGUCAUUUUGAUGGGUUUAUUUUAGCAGAGCAUCAAUGAAGUAUAAACUCCACUGAGAUAAUCCAUGUAAAACAGCAUUAUCAUUUAUAUAAACUAUUUAAUAAGUAAAAUGACUGUGAUGAGAUAAACCACGACAUACAGUCAGUAUUGCACCCCAGGAAAAAAUACUCCAUAAUACAAAUCAUACUUAUUAAUGUACUUUUGCAUGUGUGCCUUU